AUGUCGGAUAAAAGCCUAGCACGUAACCUUUUUCCGGUUCGUCCUUCGUCAGGUGGUAGGCCAUCGUCUUUGCCUGACCGUAGUGGCCUUCAACGCAUCCCUCUUACAGGUGGUUCUGUACCAGGAGCCAUUUCAUCACCUUUGCCUGAUCCUAAUGGCCUUCCACGCAUCCCUCUUACAGGUGGUUCAGUACCAGGAGCUAGGUCAUCACCUUUGCCUGAUCCUAGUGGCCUUCCACGCAUCCAUCUCACAGGUGGUUCUGUACCAGGAGCCAAGUCAUCACCGUUGCCUGAUCCUAGUGGCCUUCCACGCAUCCCUCUUACAGGUGGUUUUGUACCAGGAUCCGGGUCAUCACCUUUGCUUGAUCCUAGUGGCCUUCCACGCGGUGGUUUUGUAUCGGGAGCUAGGUCAUCACCCGGCCCUAAUGGCCUUCCACGCAUCCCUUUGUCGGGUGGCCUUUCACGCACUUCAGUUAGGACGACAAGGUCAGGAUUCUCAGGGAGUAGUAGCAUGGGUGACAUAAAUACCAACAUGGGCUUGACUGAUGCUAUAGCAGAUACAGGGGUGGUACAGAAUGUUGGGAAUGGUAUUGCAUAUGGUUAUGAGAUGACAGACAACAAUGAAGACCCUGCUAGUGAUUUUUUCUAUAAUGGGCCUGAGCAUGAAAAUGAGCAUGAGCAUGGUCAUGAGUCUGUGCAUGAGCCUGAAUCACCAAUGGUUCAGACGCCCCAUUAUUCAGGUACACAUGGUGGAUCAAAUGAUGCAGAUUCGAAUGGCUCUCAUAGGCCAUUUAUCACACGAAAGGGGUACAAGUUUGGGAGACAAAGUAUUCAUCGGACGAUCGUAAAGAUAUUUUGGCAGUCUAUAAAUGAACCUUGGAUUACUUAUAAAAAAAUUCCGAAGGAAGUUGUCACUCAAAUGUUUGAGCGUUUUAGGACUCAAUACCGGUGGGAUCCAAAUGAAGAAGGGUUAAUUCGUGAAGGUUUUGAGAAUACACUGAAAGAUCGCUACAGGGGUAGAAUGAGGGAUGCUAGGGAAGCAUCGGUAAAGUCUGCAAGAAAAGCUGGCCACGUUAUCGCAGAGAUUAAUGAUAACUUUGAGAUUCUUGCAAAUUACAAUCCUCCUGAAAUACAUAUAGAUGUUUGGCGACCCAGACAUACGGGUGGUAGCAUUGGAUUUGAGGAGCACCGUCUUAAAUUGAAACAGUCGACGGGUGAAGACCCCUCAUUCAUUGAUCUUUAUUAUAAGACACAUCUUACCGCCGAAUCAAAGAAAAUAUAUUUUGGGGGCGAUAAAGAGGCACAAGUGGAUUUUGUAAAUGAGACAUCUAGAGUGGCGAUCGAAUCAUAUAACACAGCCCUAUCUCAAAAAUAUGGUGAUGAUACGACUCAACAUAAUGUGAAUGAUCCUGAAUUGUGGACCCAAACACAAUUGCUUAGGAAAGGCGGGAAACGAAAAGGUCCUAUCUAUGGGGCAGGAUACUCAGAUCUUCACUUUCUGAUGACGGGUGCAUAUUCUUAUGAGUCAACUUCAACUUCUGCUGACUUUGCAAAGUCACAACAGGAGGUACUAUUAUUUACAUAA